AUGAGCGCAGCAGAUAGGAACCAGCGUGCAGGUGCCGGAAAUCGGCAGAAAACUUUGGGUGGGUUUUGGUGGGCGACGGAGGAAAUCUCUCGCGAAUCUCGGCGGUUGCAGCUGAGUCAGCUGGGGCUGCCUGGAUUUGAAGUCAACCAACUAUAUAAAGAUGGGAAGACGGAACGAGUUAGCAUUCUUUCGAUCCAGCAAUCAAUUCUAGAACUGAGGAAAGCUUAUCCAAGUACCCAUGUGAUAUCACUACUAUCCGUCAAUCGCCUUGACGCCUUUCCCGCACAACCCCCCAUGGCAGACUCCGCUUUACACGAUAGUCCAGCGCAUGACCCCGAUGCGCCACCGUCCAGUGCCGGGUCUACCGGCCACCCCGGAGCUCUAGAGCCCCGUCCCGGUCCAGCCCCUAUGUCGGAAGAAUUGAAGGGUCGUCUGGACAAGGUCGUCUAUUCUGAUAUCGGUGUCACCACUCUCCUGACCCGACUGAAGCAAAGUGUCUCCUCGGCCAAGGAUUUCUCUACUUUCCUCAAGAAACGGUCAUCUCUGGAGGAAGAGCAUGCGCAAGGCUUGCGCAAGCUCUCUCGUUCCCUUCACGACUCCGCUUAUCGCAACGAGAACCGCCAAGGUACUUACAGUCAGAAUUACAAUGAACUCAAUCGUUUCCACGACCGCAUGGCGGACCACGGACUUCAGUUUUCCGUGUCUCUGCAGCAGAUGGCCGAUGAUCUUAAUGAACUCGCGUCCAAUAUUGAGCGGGGCCGUAAGCAAUGGAAGCAGACCGGACUGAGUGCGGAGAAGAGGGUCCUGGAAGCGGAGACUUCUGCGGAGAAGGCAAAAGCAAAAUACGAAUCGCUUGCUGAACAAUACGACCGGGUCAAGACUGGCGAUAAGCAGGGUGGAAAGUUUGGCUUGAAGGGUCACAAGUCGGCUGCGCAGCAUGAAGAAGAGCUGCUGCGCAAGGUUCAGAACGCUGACUCUGACUAUGCUUCCAAGGUCCAGGCUGCACAGUCGGCGCGACAGGAGCUGGUGUCAACCCUUCGACCUCAGGCUGUACAAAAUAUCCAGAAACUGAUCGCGGAAUGCGAUUCUGGUCUUACACUGCAGUUGCAGAAAUUUGCAACUUUCAACGAGAAGCUGCUACUUGGACAAGGCUUGGCCAUCAGCCCGUUGAAGGAUGGUUCGGCAAAUCCGGCUCUUGCUCCAAAGAGCUUGUAUGAAGUCGUGUCUCAAAUCGACAAUGAGAAGGACUUCAACGAAUACGUUCUCAGCCAUGAGCGGAACCCUGCUGCUGUGACUUCAGACCAGAUCCAGUACAAACGUCAUCCGACGCUUGGGGGAUCUUCUGGGCCCGUUGUGCCUGCUUCGCAACCGAACACGCAGAAUAAGCGCCAGUCAAUGUUCUUGCCCCAAUCAUUCUCGCAAUCAAACCUCCUUUCUUCUACUCCAGCAUCGUCUCAACCCUCCGCACCAGCACCAGUGUCCGCUCCCGCUCCGGCCCCCGCUCCUGCGCCGGCACUUGCAUCUCCCCCGGCCACUGAGUCAUUGCCAUACCCACAAAACCCCGAUUCUUACUCGUCUCCGCCUUUCCAGCCUCCCUACCCAACGUCGAGUUCUGAGCAGCAGCAUCUAAAUCAAGCUCCUGCGCUACCGGCAAAGACGCCGCUAGGUCCAGCCGGGAAUGGCUUCCAGCCUAGCCCUAAUCUUCCUCCUUUGAAGCCGGUGUUUGGCGUAUCUUUGGAUGACCUAUAUACCCGUAAUGGGACAGCCGUUCCCAUGAUUGUAUACCAGUGCUUCCAGGCUAUUGAGCUUUUUGGGUUGGACAUGGAGGGUAUUUAUCGACUCUCUGGUAGCGCAACUCAUAUCAGCCACAUGAAGGCGCUGUUCGAUAAUGAUUCUUCGCAAGUCGAUUUUACCAACCCAGAGAACUUUUAUCAUGAUGUUAACAGUGUAGCUGGACUUUUGAAGCAAUUCUUCAGAGACCUGCCGGACCCGCUGUUCACAUCACAUUUCUACACUGACUUCAUUAACGCCGCCCGCAUCGACGAUGACAUCCAGCGCCGUGACUCACUUCACGCGUUGGUCAACAACCUUCCAGAUGCUCAUUACGCUACGCUGAGGGCCUUGAUACUGCACCUCAACAAAAUUCAAGAGCAUUACACACAAAAUCGGAUGAAUGCAGGAAACAUUGCCAUUUGUUUCGGACCCACCCUUAUGGGUGCCAACUCCGGCGGUAACAUCGCAGAUGCCGGCUGGCAGGUCCGAGUCAUCGAGACUAUCCUUGUCAACACGUUCCAAAUCUUCGACGACGACUAG